AUGAAUUUUUGUUUCUAUUGUGGAAGGAUAGGGCACAGUGACAGAGCAUGCGAGAUCAAAAAAGCUGAUGUCCAGGGAAAUAUUAUUAGGGCUGGUCAGUAUGGGGAUUGGUUAAGGGGAUCUUUUGUGAGCUUUAGUGAAUCCAGAGAUUAUAGAUAUCCUAAUUUGAGUAGGACUAAGCUAGACUCAGAAUCUAGCAAGGCUAAGGAAAGUGAACCAAGAGUAGAUAGUCAGGGGUCCUUUGAUGUGCCUGAGGGUGGGAGUUUGGAGGGGAAAAGGGAUAGUAUAUAUCUUAGUUCACACUUGAUUCCUCAACCACCAGCUUUGAUGGAGGUUAAAGUGAAUCAAUUUUCUGCUGAAUCUUCUUUGAUGAGAAAGAAGAAAACAUGUGUGAAAAUCAAUAGGAGUAGGUUUGCAGAAACCAACUCAAAAUUAGGUGAAGGGCAUGGGAAUGAGACAGAACCUUCUCAAGAAGGGGCUGUUCUUAAAAGGAAAGAACCUGAAGGGGAUACUGAUUUCACUAAUUCUUUAGUGGAGGAGGAGCUUUUGGCUGUUAGGGACAAGCUGGAGGAAGGAUGGCAGAAAGGGUGGCAGCAGAUGGAAUUUCAAUUCAAAAACCACAGGUUAGCUGCUAUGCUGCAAAACAGGGAGGGUUUUGACUUGCCUUGGUUGGAGACCGAAGUGGUCAUUUAG